AGUUGCACCUUCUUUCCUCUUCUCUUCCUUCUAACACCCAUUCAACCAUUCCGUACGACUAGAGAGAGAAAAUUUGGGAUAAAAAAGAAGCAAAGGGAAAGAAAAAAGAAGAAUCUGCGAUCUGCAAUCUGAAAUCUGAAUCAUUGUUUGAGCGAUGAAGAAGUGCGAGCUGUGCAAGGUUCCGGCUAGGACCUUCUGCGAGUCGGACCAGGCGAGCUUAUGCUGGGACUGCGACGCCAAGGUACACGGCGCCAACUUCCUCGUCGCCAGACACACGCGCACGCUCCUCUGCCACGCGUGCCAGUCGCUCACGCCGUGGAAGGCCUCCGGCGCCGCCCUCGGCAACACCGUAUCGCUCUGCCAGCGCUGCGCCGGCGGAACCACCGAGCAAGCCCAAGAGAGCGAGGGCGCCAAUGACGACGAUUUAGACACCGACCAAGACGACGACGACGACCAGACCGAGGAUGAGGACGAGGUCACCGCCGACGAGGACGGAGAUAACCAGGUUGUCCCUUGGUCCUCCGCGCCGCCGCCUCCGCCGCCAGCUCCGAGUUCAUCCAGCAGCGACGAGUCGGUUAGCCGGUGCAACAACAACGACGAGGAUGUUUCUCAAUCAGUUACCACAUUGAAACGACGUCGUCAGAAUAACGAUUUUCAGGAUUCGAAUUCGAGCAGUCGGGGAUACGAAGGGAGCGAAGUGGAGAGGGGAGGUUGGUUGGUUCGGUUGCGGCGGCGAACCGCCGCGGAAGGUGGCGAUGUGGCGGUUGAGCGACGGAGUUGUAGAGCGGCGUUUCCGUACGGUUGCUAUAAUGAUAGAGGGUCGGAAGACGUUUGAUCUGAAGGGACAGGAGGAAUCUGAGCCGCGUGAUCUAGGGGACCGUACCAUUGAAUAUUAUUUAUGGACGCUUUGAUUAACUUGCUCUAACAGCACUCAGUUUUUGAUAAUGACUAUCAAGUGUAUGAAUCGGUUUUUUAUUGUUCGUAUUAUUUUAUGUUUCGAUAUUUUGAGGAUCAAGGUUGUGGGGGUGAUGUAACUUUAUUUUAUUCUAUUUUAUUAUUGUAAAAUAACAUAAUUUUUUUCUUGUUUAUAAGUAGGUGAGGGUGCUUUAUGUUAUGAAUAGAUAGGAGAAACCACAAACAGAUGAAUGUGAUUCCUGAUUCAUGAUAUUGAUAUCUAAUAUCUAAUUCUCAACUAUGGGUUUAUCUCUA